GAAGGCUCCUAACCGCGACGAAAGGCAAAACAUGGUGGGGAAGACGCGAGCCCGGAAGCUGUACACCGAAAUGCUGACGAAGCCGCAUUGCCUGGUAAUGGACGACGAAACCUACGUCAAAGUGGACUUUCGUCAGCUGCCGGGCCUGUUGUUCUUCGCAGAGGACAAAUUCAGCGUUCCGGAGGAUAUUCGCAAGCAGAAACUAUCCAAGUUUGCCAAAAAGUACAUGGUGUGGCAAGCGAUCUGCUCUUGCGGAAAGCGGAGCGCCCCCUUCGUGAUGACGGGCAGGUUUACCUUAAGGAGUGCCUACAGAAGCGCUUACUACCACUAUUGAAGCAGCACGAGGGCCCGACCAUCUUCUGGCCGGAACUCGCUUCGUGCCACUAUUCACAGGACGUGUUGGAGUGGUACGAAGCCAACGGGGUCACCUUCGUGCCAAAGGAAAUGAACCCGUCCAACGCGCCGGAGCUUCGCCCAAUAGAGAAAUAUUGGGCGAUUAUGAAGCAGGCCCUCCGGAAAAACCCAAAAGUUGUCAAAUCGGUGGCGGACUUCAAGAGAAAAUGGAUUUCUGUUAAAAAAAACUACAACCUGACGUUGUACAGAACCUUAUGGACGGGGUAAAGAGGAAGGUGCAAGCAUACGGGCUUGGGCUCGAAGUAUGAAUAAAAAGAAAAUGCCAAAAGUUGUUUAAUAGUUUUUAUUUUACUGUCUAAAAUUUUCAAAAGGAUCGGUCUACUGGGCGAAUUUCUACAGCGUUUUUUCCGUGAUGCAAUUUGAUGUGACACACCCUUUAUUAGGUAUCUGAGUAAAAAAUGUCAACAAAGAAUAAACUUUCUCCUUACAAUUACCGGCACCUGGUGGGGAGCCCACCCAGAAGAUCUUAUAAUGUUGUAUCGAACAACUAUUCUCUCAGUGAUGGAGUAUGGUAGUUUCUGUUUUCAAUCAGCUGCCAAAACACACCUCAUUAAACUCGAGCGAAUUCAGUAUUUUUGUCUCCGUAUUGCGUUGGGGUGUAUGUCCUCAAUGCCUAUGUUCUGCAUCGCAAAAUAUUUGUAUUAGUAAGCUCGAAAAGUCUUCCGAAGACAGUUUGUAUGUAGAAUUUGAAAUAUAAAAGCAAAAGCAAAAAAAAAAAAAAAGUUAUUUUCAUGGUAACGUAACGUAACUUAGAAAAAAGGCUCGAUAUUUCGAAAGAUAGAAAAAAAACAUUGUUCUACAAAGAUGUCUCAAAUAACUGGGACUACAACAUUGUCGAACUAUGUUUACCUCUAUCUAUAACGCCUCAGGACACGAAAAUCAUAUUUUCUGCCGAAGAUGAAAUAUUUUCUGGCAAAGCUAUUUGGGUGUACUGAUUCAAAGAGUUUGACGGAACCCGAAGCUAAUUGGCGUUACUAUAGGCAUCCAUCAGUGACUACCAUAAAUACGAAAACUAUUCCACAAUUGUUGCCGUCAGCCGUGAAGAAAUCUGGGAGGAGGAGGUUGUGAUCAGAGCUCUAAAAAAUCACUCUCAUUGACAAUCGUCAGUUCACAAGUCAAGCCCCGACCGAGCUAGGGGAGCGACAUUGACGUUUCUAUCUGGCCCAUGUCGUGCCCUUCGAAUCGAUAGAGGACUUUUCCAACAAUCGUUUCCUAGCUUUGUUACUGUUGUUACCAGUACCGACGAUCUCCACACUAAAAGUCCACUGUCGGUCCGAUGAGACCAACGCGAAGCAGACGAAAAAUUCAGUGUUAGUUCCCAGGGACCGACGUGGGGUUCCACGCGUUAAAAAUGAACCCACUGCAUUUCGUGUUACAUUUUUUUCACGCUGGAUCCGAAAAAAAUUGCUCUGCUUUGGUUCAAACCUCAUAUAUUUAUUACUUUUCGAAAACAUAAUUCAUAAUCUAUAUGAAUAAAAAUGAUUUGGUGUCCGUUCCUCAGGAUUCAACUCUAGAACGGAGCAAUGUUGUUAAAUACAGUAUCAGUCAGUAUCAGGAUUGAUGUGUCUCAGUCAGCGUCAAGUUUAUAUGUCAAAAAAGAAAUUAUACACCGCGAAUAUUGAUUGAAUACAAAAAAAAAUAAUUUCGGGGAACGUGAGUGUUAGAAAUUAUUCAAACCAAAAUAGCAAUUGUGGGCGGGAUGAAGUUUUUCGGGUCAGCUAGUUUAGAAUGAGAAUGGUCUGAAAAAUCGUCUGUUUUGCCGAUACGCCAAUUUUCGAAAAUUUGUAACUUUGGACCGCUCUACCGUGGUUCCUUAAGUGCGAAUAAAAGGUUUUUGAGUAGACUUAUUAGAAAAAAUAUAUGACCCCUCAAAUGCCCACUAUCAGGAGAAAACUUUAAAAAUGGUUGAUUCCUUUGUGGUUUUCGGGUUGUCGAACUAUAAAAAAAUUUAUAUCAUUUGUUAAAAUCUGGUGCGUCAUUACAUAACAAAAAAAAGGUAAUUUUGUAUUUCCAUUAUUAGGAUAUAGUUUUUUUCUGAAGCGUUCAGAUUAUUAAGCCGAUCAAUAUGAACUCAGUGUCUGUGUCUUUCUUCCGAUUUCAUUGGUAUAGAAAUUUUUUUGGCGGCACCCUAGACUAGUUAACUUUUUUAUAGAUACUGAGCAGUGAUACACAAAUUAUUCUAUCAUUGUCUUCGUCCGGUAAGAAAUUUGGGAAUCGAAUGUUGUUGUCAUUCGAGCGAGAUGUUUCAUUUACGUUGUUUUCUUGAAAACCCAUUCAUUAUGCAAUGUUCAUUCAUUAGUACUUAGUUAAGAUUCCCUUGACGAAUUACAUUUGAAUUGAAUUUUAGUUUAAGUGGAACGAAUCUUUCUACAUAUUUGAUAUCGUUUGUAAAAAUCCGUUUUUUUUUAGAUUAUAAUGGGCAGACUGUGGAACUUCACUCGGUUUGUGAAGAUCUAGCUGUUCAUGCCUUCAUUUUCUUUUAAUUGUUGUUGUCGCAACGUGCGGUUGCGACGCACCUGCUCCCAAACACCUUGAGAGAAAUAAAACGUUCCCACUUUCGGCGCGCUACUGUGUUUCACCGAGAAUCAAAAGAAAACACAACAAUGAUUCAAUGAUUCAAAAACAAAUAGUCAGAAGUGAAAGAAAGUCCUAAAUUGAUUGUUACAAAAGCGUUAAGCGUAAUUAUUCUUAAUUGUAUAUCCUAUAUUAUUCUGCAAAUCGAGAGAACGAAGAUUCUUAAAAAUAACCCCACCUCCAACGAACUAAACAAACGAGACACUAAACGUAAGUUCUCUAAAUCUAAAUCUAGCUGCAACACAGAAAAACUUAUGAUAGUGUAAAAAACCUUAAAAUUAAUAUGUACAAUUUAAAACUACUCCUAUUCCUAAAACUACUAUGUACAAUAGAACCAUUUUAAUGUAUUGAUUUAUACCUACGGUAGGGAUUUUUUAACGUCGUCGUCAUCGCCAUCGCCAUUGUAUUGCGUAUUGAAAUAAACGUUUAAAAAACCGGAAAAUUGUUUCUCUUCCGUUGCGGUUUGCAACAUUUUAAAAAAUCCGUUUAGUUCGUGAUCGGGGAAGCUUUAUCGAGGUUGCAAUAAUGCCGAGAAAUAAUCGGGCAAAACCAGGUGUGAGUUGUGCGCUGUGCAAGGAUCUCGACAACAGCCGGAUGGUUAGUUGUGACGAAUGCGGUAAAUGGUUCCAUUUCGUGUGCGUGGGUGUAACUGAGGGAAUCGAAGAAGUUGAUUGGAGCUGUUCAGAGUGUGAGGCGAAACGAGCAGACCAGAUCCCAUCGGUCAUCACUACAGAUCAUGCACAGAGUGAAGCGGAGCCUAGGCCAGUGGAUAACCAGGGGCAAGUUGAGCUACUCAGGGAAUUCCAGAGGAGAAUGGACCAAAUGCAAAGUAGGUUCGAAGAACAACAGCAGGCAUACGAAAAGCUGCUUCGGGAAAAGGACCGCGAAAUGCAGAAUGCGAUUAAGGAUUUGCAGUCCCAGUUCCAGCGUCGUAUGGAGAAAAGAGAACAGCAGAUACGAGAGGAGUUGAGCGUUCCCGUAGUUGUUCAUCCACCGAAUGCAAAUUCGACAACGUUGGGAACUGAGAAUCGUCAGACAGAUGACGUCAGCAAGGCGAUCGAGCAGAUGCAAAGACAACUCGCAGAGAUGGCUAGAAAACAGGAUUCAGAAACGAAGAGUCUUGAGGAGCGAGUGAGGGCGAUGGAAAUCAGCAGCAGCGAACCUGUCCCAGCGAGGAAUGAUGGUUUGAAUGCGGAUGCGGAUCCAUUCAUUCCUAACGGCUUUCAUCUAUCUUCGACAGUGAAUCCUUCUCAUGAACUCAGCAGGAGUCAACUCGCUGCGCGACACGCGGUGGCAAAGGAGUUACCUACAUUCUCGGGCAACCCUGAAGAGUGGCCUUUAUUCAUCGCCACUUAUGAGAGUACCACAAGGAUAUGCGGCUUUAGCGAUGAAGAAAAUUUGCUUCGACUCCAACGCAGUUUGAAAGGCAAAGCUCUUGAGACAGUUCGUAGUCGGUUGUUGUAUCCAGCAGGACUUGAUGGUGUCAUCAAUACGCUUCGUAUGCUGUUUGGCCGUCCUGAAAUCAUCGUUCACUCGUUAGUUUGCAAGAUUCGGGAAAUGCCAGCGCCAAAGGCGGAGAAAUUGGGAACUCUGAUAGAUUUCGGCGUAGCAGUCCAGAACAUGUGCGCAACGAUUGUGGCGUGUGGUUUGAACGAGCAUCUAUGCAACGUGGCACUCCUUCAAGAACUCGUUGAGAGACUGCCACCUACUGUGAAGCUCGACUGGGCAAAGCAUCGUCAAACAAUGUCAGCGGUCACACUAUCGGAUUUCAGUAGCUGGUUGGGCACGCUAGUGGAAGCAGCUUGCAUAGUAACGAUUCCAUCGACGAUCAGUAUGUACGUUGGUAGAACUGAGAAGCGUGUCCGAAAGGAGGAAGUUAAUGUCCACAUUCAGUCCGACUCAAAUCAUUUUCCAAACUCUACGAUGUCCUCCAAAAGUACGUCGAAACCAGCCAGCAAGCAAUGCGUUAUUUGUCACGGAGAAUGCAGCAGUGUAGGGUUGUGCCAAAGGUUUCAAGAAUUGGAUAUCGGGGCGCGAUGGGCAGUGCUGAAACAGAAUAAAUUGUGUCGGAAGUGUCUGUCGAAACAUUUCGGAGCAUGUGCAGUAAAGCAAGCCUGUGGUAGAAACGGAUGUUCAUACAUGCAUCACAGGUUGCUACACGACGAUUCCAGAUACCAGCGAAUGGAGAAUCCUCAGAUAUCGAGUCUACAGGCGGAAGCAAUUACACCUACCGAGAAUUGUAAUUUUCACAUUAACGAUGUUAGCAAGAUUCUCUUCCGAUACGUGCCGGUGCUACUUCACGGACGAGGGAAGAUUGUACGCACAUUCGCCUUUUUGGACGACGGUUCGUCAGUGACGCUGAUGGAACAUAGUUUGCUGAAGGAGCUAGACAUUCAAGGUGAAUCAUAUCCCUUGUGUCUGGGCUGGACAGGGGAUUAUCAACGUCAGGAAAUGAAUUCUGUGAAGUUAGCGGUAGAUAUUUCCGGAGUGCAUGACAUGAGAACAUAUUGGAUACCGAAAGUGCACACCGUGGACAGUCUCGCUCUACCCCAGCAAACUCUCGCGAUGGAGGAAUUAGCGCGACAUUUUCAUCAUUUGACGGCCUUGCCGGCUGAUUCCUAUCGCAAUGUUCGACCACGGAUACUUAUAGGAAUGGAUAAUUGCCGCUUGGGCCACGCGCUCGACAGCAGAGAAGGAAGAAAGGACGAACCAAUCGCUGCCAAAACACGCCUGGGGUGGAUAGUAUUCGGGCCUUGCUCUAUAGAAUCCCAAACAACGACUAGUUUAGUCGCACACCACAGUCUUCAUGUGUGUCCAUGUACCGAACAGAGCGACGCAGAGCUACACAACGCAGUAAAAGCGUACUUUUCGUUAGACAGCAUCGCAAUAAGUUCCGUUAAACCACUGAUGUCGAAGGACGACGAGCGAGCCGAGAAAUUGUUGAAAUCUCUGACUAAUGUGAACAAGGGGCGCUAUGAAACUGGAUUACUCUGGCGGUAUGAUGAUGUUCGAAUGCCAGACAGCAAAUCAAUGGCAAUGAAGCGGCUGAUAUGUCUGGAAAAGCGAAUGCAACGGGACCCUGAUCUAGCUGAAGCUCUGAAGGAGAAACUUAGGGAUUACGAGCGAUCUGGGUACAUCGUAAAACUGACGGAGAACCAACUAGCCGAGAGAUUCGAACGCGUGUGGUACCUUCCAAUAUUCCCUGUUGUCAAUCCCAAUAAGCCGGGAAAGUUGCGCAUAGUGUGGGAUGCAGCCGCAAAGGUGGCGGGUGUUUCGCUGAACUCGUUCCUGCUAACUGGACCAGAUCAACUUACUUCUCUUCUAUCCGUUUUACAACGCUUCCGAGAAUUUCGCAUUGCCAUAACGGGCGACAUUCGAGAGAUGUUUCUUCAGGUGUUGAUGAACUGGCGCGAUCAACAGUGUUUGAGGUUUCUAUGGCGGAACGGAGAAUCAAAUCGUAGCCCAGAUGUCUAUGUCACAAAGGUAAUGACUUUCGGGGCAACCUGCUCACCCAGCUGUGCACAAUAUGUGAAGAACCACAAUGCGCAACGAUUUCAGGAUAAGUUCCCGAGGGCAGCGGAGGCGAUAAUUAGAGAGCAUUACGUGGAUGAUAUGCUGUCCAGUGUGGAGACAGAAGAUGAGGCGAUUAAGCUAGCUGUAGAUGUCCGAUUCAUUCACGCAGAGGCAGGUUUCGAAAUAAGGAAUUGGCUGUCAAAUUCGAAUCGAGUACUGCAGGAGCUGAAGGCAAAUCCAGGAGAGAAGAGCUUGAAUCUGUUGAGCGAAAUGGGAACCGAGAAAGUUCUGGGAUUGUGGUGGUGCACCGCAGCCGAUACCUUCACCUUCAAAGUGUCUUCGAGGAUAAAUGUCGAUCUACUGCAAGGUCAUAUUGUGCCAACCAAAAGGCAGAUUUUGAGUACGCUGAUGACGAUCUACGACCCACUUGGACUACUUGCGAAUUUCCUUAUGUUCCUGAAAAUCCUGCUCCAGGAAAUUUGGCGUAGUGGCAUAAAUUGGGACGAACCCAUUAAGAGCGAACAGUGGGAGAAAUGGCAAAUAUGGUUGCAAGUUCUUCCGCAAGUGGAAUCCGUCAGUGUACCCAGGUGUUACCGGAUAAAAACGAGUACAGGCGGUCAAAACGAAAUUCAACUCCAUGUGUUCGUAGAUGCAUCCGAAAACGGAUAUGCCGCAGUUGCCUACCUCCGGUUCGAAGAAGAUGGCGAAGUGGAAUGUGCGCUCGUCGGCGCGAAAACAAGAGUAGCUCCGUUGCGAUUCGUGUCGAUUCCCAGACUUGAACUUCAGGCAGCAGUUAUCGGUGCCCGUUUGGCGAAAGGUAUCAUGAUGUCUCACCAGCUUAAACCAACAAAACAGUUUUUCUGGACGGAUGCGCGUGACGUUCUUUGCUGGUUGAAUUCCGAUCACCGGAGAUACAAUCAAUUCGUCGCAGUGCGGAUCAGUGAAAUUCUAGAGUUGACCGAGGUUAACGAAUGGAAUUGGAUUCCGACGAAACUGAAUGUUGCUGACGAUGCGACGAAAUGGCAGAAACUCCCGGAUUUUUCUCCUGCUAGUCGUUGGUUCCGUGGUCCACAAUUCUUGUGGGAGGCAAAGGAAGAGUGGCCUGUUGCAGUAUCGAGCUUCGAUUACACCGCAGAAGAGAAGCGACCCAAUGUGCUACAUCAUUCCGUCAAGCGUGUCCUGUUUAGGUGGGAAGAUUUCCCUAAAUGGAAGCGGCUGCUGCGUCAUGUUGCAUUCGUACAGCGGUAUCCAUCGAAUCUGCGCAAGAAAUUAUCGAAGGAGCCCAUCGUCACCGGCCCAUUGACACAAGAAGAGCUUCGAAAAGCAGAGUUGUUAAUUCUCAAACUGGUUCAGAAUGCUGAAUUCGUUGCAGAGAUAGCUGCAUUACAGAAACCGAAGCUCGCACCAUGGAAGAACGCAUUGCCCAAGAGUAGCUCGCUGUAUGGGCUCAGUCCGUUUCUGGAUGAAGAGGGGCUGCUGCGAAUGAAAGGACGUAUAGAUGCUUGUGAAGACGUCGAUGAUUGUACGAAGCGCCCGAUACUGUUGCCGAAGUGUCAUCCCGUUACCGACCUCAUUAUAUCCAGUGUUCAUCAGCAUUUCUGUCACAUGAAUCACCAGACUACACUCAACCAGAUUCGGCGUAGAUUUUACGUGCCUCAGCUACGGUCGGCCUACAAACGCGUACGAGCACGGUGUCAGCACUGCAAGAAUCGCCAGGCGAAGCCAGUUGCUCCAGAAAUGUCAGCUCUGCCACCCGCACGCCUGAAGGCUUUCUGUCGUCCAUUUUCCUACGUUGGCAUCGACUACUUCGGUCCAAUACAUGUAGUUGUUGGCCGGAGGACCGAGAAACGAUGGGGAGUGCUGAUCACAUGCCUAACGGUGCGAGCGAUACAUCUUGAAGUUGCUCACAGCCUCACAACCGACUCAUGCAUUCUCGCCAUCAGAAACUUCAUCGCCAGGAGAGGUACCCCUCUGGAGAUAGUAAGCGAUCGCGGUACGAACUUCAUCGGAGCAAGUCGAGAAUUGAAAGAAGCGUUACAAAAAAUGGACCACGAAAAGCUGAUAGAGCACUUCGUCACCACUGAUACGAAAUGGUCUUUCAACCCUCCUGCAUCUCCACAUUCCGGAGGAGCCUGGGAACGCCUUGUUCAAUCCGUGAAGAAAACCCUGAAGCAACUCCAAGUCACACGCACACCCACCGAUGAACUAUUGAAGAACAUGCUCUCAGAGAUCGAACUAAUCAUCAACUCACGACCUCUAACGGAAUUGCCAUUAGAUGACGAGCUUUCCCAAGCUCUCACUCCGAAUCAUUUUCUGAUCGGGUCAUCAGAUGGUUCAAAGCCCCCGUUCACGUUUGACGACAGCAGUUACGCUCUGAAACACACCUGGAAAUCCUCCCAAGUCUACGCAAACCGGUUUUGGCGUCGCUGGGUAGCUGAAUACCUACCAACUCUCACUCGGAGGACGAAAUGGUUUAGCCACGUCAAGCCAAUCGCAGAAGGGGACAUCGUCGUCAUCGUUGAUGAGACUCUGCCGAGGAACUGCUGGCCGAAAGGUCGAGUUGUCCACGCAAUUCGGUCCAAGGAUGGACAGGUUCGUCGUGCUCUGGUACAGACCUCGACUGGAGUGCUAGAGAGGCCAGUCGUGAAGAUCGCUGUGUUGGACGUAGGUGCAAGCGUAAGUACAUAGGAUCAAUGGCCCUGAUGCACUGGGGGAGAGUGUCGCAACGUGCGGUUGCGACGCACCUGCUCCCAAACACCUUGAGAGAAAUAAAACGUUCCCACUUUCGGCGCGCUACUGUGUUUCACCGAGAAUCAAAAGAAAACACAACAAUGAUUCAAUGAUUCAAAAACAAAUAGUCAGAAGUGAAAGAAAGUCCUAAAUUGAUUGUUACAAAAGCGUUAAGCGUAAUUAUUCUUAAUUGUAUAUCCUAUAUUAUUCUGCAAAUCGAGAGAACGAAGAUUCUUAAAAAUAACCCCACCUCCAACGAACUAAACAAACGAGACACUAAACGUAAG